UUGUUUCCCUUUUGCUCUCUCUUCUCUCCUUCUCUGAAUCCAGAAGAGAAUCUCAAACUCAGCUCUCUCUGUGGCUGUGGGUAUGGAAUAACUAAUAAGGGAAAGGGUAGGGAAGGUUUUUAUUACGCUCUCUGUUUUGUGCAAAGUUUCUGUUGUUUUCCUUUCCUUUCCUUGUGAGUGCAUAAAAGGAAACGAGAUGGGUUGGCUGCCAAUUGCCCAUUUCCUAAUUGCAAUACAGGCUCGACUCAAAAUUGGUCUCAGUCUCAGCAGAGCUCCAGAUGGUGGUCUUAUUACACUCUUUACUGUGUGCCCAUGGGACUGGCUCACUGCAUCGGGAAGCAUGAUGUUCUCCUUACUUUAUUCACCUAAACCUAACAUGCGAGUAGAGUGGGGUAAAAGGAAGGAAGGGGGCAUUUCCUUCUUCUUGGCUGGCUAAGCUUGGUUAGGUCAGGUCCACUGAUUAGUUGGGUCACAACAUCAUGAAUGAUUGAGUAGUUGAUAACAGUGAGGCUCCAACAGCAAAUAUACGUGUGUAUUGUAUUUGUUGCAAAGGAGAGGGAGACGUUGAGAGUGACCAAAAAUAAAAUAAGGUUAUUAGAGAAAUUUUUAGCAUGGCUAUUUUCUUAAUUGUUUGCAAGCUCAGCUCCAGAUUUGCUGAUCGAGAAAUUUGAAUGGAUCAAGAGGGAGAAAGUAAGUGGAGAUGUGCGAAAUCGAGAUGUGUUGAUUUUUGAGCAAAGUGUAGCGGGAAAAUGGAAAGAAUUAAUUGCACACAGCAACACACAUUUUCAUAGGCAGAAACACAUUUAUCAGGGGGAGUAUUAGUAUAAGGAUUAAUGUUGACGUUUUUUUGAGUUUUAGUCCCCUGAAUCUUGAUGGCUUCUCAAAAGAAUACCUAC